AUGGCCAGUAGCAAUAGCAUCAGACAAAUAUGCAGUUCAUGCAAGUAUCAAGGGAGGAAAUGCGAUCCAGAUUGUAUUCUUGCGCCAUAUUUCCCUGCAGAUCGAAUGGAUGACUUCUUAAAGUUCCACAGCCUUUUCGGCAUAGAGAGAAUAUGCCCAAUCUUGACGCUCAUGAUCGAACCCAUUAAGAGACCCGAUGCCGUGAAAUCUAUGCUAUACGAGGCUAAUGCCCGUUUAAAUCACCCUGGAGGUUGUAUGUAUAUCAUACACAUGCUUCAGGAGCAGCUCAAGAUGCUUGAGUAUAAGCUCCACAGUCUAAAACAAGAACCUCCGCAUUGGCGAGGGGUUUUUCUAGGACAGCUGGGGCAUGGAAUAGAUAAUCUACAACGGAAUUACAGUGCCAAUCAAGAACUAGACCAUGGUCUUUUGGAGGCUCAGCAACUAGACCAUGACAGUUUUGAGGCUCAGCAACUAGAGCAGCAGCAGGAACGGGUGGACCUUCAGGUUGUGCAUGGUGGGACUGGCGGGGUGGUGGAGGGUGGCGAAGUUGCAGAGGUGGGGCAGCAUGGGGGAGUGGUGGAUACUGAAAUGAUGGAUACGCAGCGAUUGGAAUUGCUAACCAAGUUGCAUUACACAGCAUCGCCCAUAGCAAUAUCAAAGUUCGGUGUCACUCAUGGGGAUGCACCUGUCCAGAAUCGUUUAUAG